AUGAGAUUGGAAUGUAUGUGUAGGAUAUCUACUGUAUGCUUAGGCUAGUGGAAUGUUUGCUGUUUUUUGCUAUAGAACCUGCUGCAAACUUUUUAUAUAGAAUUGUGAUUAUAUGAUGAAACUAAUUAUAUCACGAGUCAGUUUUGUAUUAAAAGACCGGAUCUUUUGUAGAACAUAUGUUUUUUACUGUUGUGUUUCCUUUUUCCACUGUCACUCUCUUCUACAUCUACGCUUGGACACAAACAUGCACACAUGCGGAUAUUUAUGAUAACAGAGCUAUCUGGGUGAACAUGCACGACCCUACAAGGAGAGCAUCUACGAAGAAAUGGUGGCCGGCCAGGAAGCGCGGAGACAGGCAAGCGUGGAGGCCGAGAAGGAGAUUAUGAGGCAGAGGGAGAAGAAGGAGGAGGAGCAGCGGUCUGUUAUGAGAGAGGAGGUUGCCAGGGUUAAGGAAGAGCUUAAGCAAGAGGAAAGGAAGAGGAAAGAGCAAAGGUAUUGGCCGUUCAACUCUGAGGCCGGAGGAGAGAAGGGGCAUGUAGGAGAGUCAGCUGAUUCUCCCAAUCAUGGAAAGCUGAAACAUAGAUCCAUAUCAGAGUGCAGUUCUGAAAGUGGAUCAGGAGAGAACCAAGGGAGUAAUGUGUUGCGUUUUCCCCUCGGAGGAAAGCAGGAGUGCCUUGUCAUUGUGGGGAAGUGCAUUUGGGAACGGAAAAAUCAGGGAUGCUACUUAUUUGAAGCUCGUGAUAAAGUAACCUCCGAGAGAAGUAUUAUAUACGAAUGGUGUAUCAACUCAAAGCGAACAGGACGGAAGGGAAAUCACGUGAAGAUCGGUCAGGAAAACCAGGUCGAGGAAUUAGUCAGCAAAUUUUCAGCCCAGGAGAAAGAGAUGACCUCCCUGCUACGGCUGUCGCAUGACAACCUCGUCGGGUACUUAGGGAUGAAGUUAAACUGCAGGCAGAACGAAGGUGUGGACGUUUACAUCCUCCAGGAAUACGUUCAGGGGAUGUCCAUGAAGUACUACAUCCACCACCAGAUCCCCCUGAAUGAGGCUUCCCUGCGCCACAUCACGGAAGGAACCCUCAAAGCCUUGAACUACCUCCACCAGAACAAUGUCGUGCACAGAGACCUGAGAGAUUCAAGCAUAUACCUGGACAAUCAGUCCCACGUGGUGCGAGUUGCCGAUUAUGGUGUGGAGAGGAGAAUAGUGGAAGCAGUCCUGGAGUUUAAGAAUAUCCAGGUAGCCCCCUUGUACCCUCAGUCCCCUGGCCGAGGAGGAAAGAAGGGCGACAUUUACCGCUUGGGGCUCGUGAUCCUGUCUAUCCAUCAGGGCCGGCGGGUGCAAGAGAUUGUGCCAACGCUGCCCGCGAGUCUGAGUGCUGACUUCAGGAAUUUCAUGCAGAAGUGUUUGGCGCUAAAUGAACAAGACCGGUGGACAGCUGAGAAGCUACUUGGUCAUCCAUUUAUUCAAGUCCAAGAAAAAGAAGGGAAUGAUAAUGACAAUAAAAGAGCAACAUCAAGAAUAUACUUAGAAAGAGAAAUGGAAGAGGAAGAAGAAAACUCGAGAGAGGGCUUGGAGUUGUCCUCAGAGCCCUCCCUCCUCCCACAGUACCUCAAGACAGGUAGUCUCGGCUUGCGAAUUGAGAAAGAGUACAAGAUCCUCGAGUUUUUAGGGAAAGGAGGUUUUGGACAUGUGUUCAAGGUCCGGAAUACUGUUGAUGACCGCGAGUAUGCGGUGAAGAGGAUUCCCCUCCACGAACAGAGCGACUCGGUGCGCAAGAAGAUCAUCAGGGAAGUCAAGCUCCUCUCAUCUCUCAACCAUGAAAAUGUUGUACGGUACUACACUUCCUGGAUUGAGGACCUUGUGCAGGAGAGCGAAGUGGACCAGAAGGGGCUGGAUGAAAGCAGCUCCCCCUCAGAGUCUGAGGAGAGUUCAGUCAACAUCACCAUCUCUCAGGUUACCUCUGCCUCUGACACUCAGGAGGACUCGAGCUCCUUUCCAAAAUGCCUCGAGCAGAAAGCUCAAGUGGAGGAGUCAGAGUGGAGCAUCUUAUUUUAUGAUGGUGUAGAUCAUGCCAGCUAUUCUCAAGCCAAUGAUACAGAGGAGAGUGAUGAUGACGAUGACGAUGACUGGCUGAUGGGCAGCUUAGGACCAAUGUUGCAAGAUUCUGAUGAUGACAUGUAUGAUGAUGACAAGAUGAAAGAUGACGACUUCUCGGACUCGCAAGAUUCUGUGAUAGAAACUGAUAAUGUUGACGAGACAGACUGUGCUCAAGCCUCCAAGCAGUUCAAGAAGCAGUACCUGUUUAUCCAGAUGCAGCUUUGUGAGAAGAACACACUCAGGCAAGCCAUCAAUGAACACCUCUGUAUGGAUAAUGACCGCAAAUGGAGGCUGUUUCGUGAGUUGGUCAAUGGACUUGACUACAUCCACUCCCAGGGUUUAAUCCACCGUGACUUAAAGCCUGGCAAUAUUUUCCUCGACAUGGAUGAUCAUGUCAAAAUUGGGGACUUUGGUCUGGCCACAGCAGCGAUCAAAGCUAAGACUACUGCUGGAGUUAUCACCAAGAUGGAUGCAGACGACACAAAGGACAGUGCCUUGACCAGCCAGAUAGGCACCACCUUUUACGUUGCACCGGAAGUCACCAAGUCCAAAGUCAAAGUGAGCUACACGAACAAGGUUGAUAUCUACAGCUUGGGGGUCAUAUUCUUUGAGAUGGCACACCCCCCUUUGACCACGGGUAUGGAGAGAGCCAAGGUCCUCUACAACCUGAGAAAGCCAGAGAUUGACAUACCAGAAGAGUUCAGUGUGAAGAAUGCUAAUUCUGUUCAGUUGAUCAAGUGGCUUUUGCAUCAUGAUCCCCAGCAGAGGCCUAGUACAGGUGACAUCUUGAAAUCACACCUGCUACCCCCUCCUACAGCUGAAGAACAAAAGUUCAUCCAGACUUUAGAAGACAAGCUGAACAAUGUGAGGUCAUCAGACUAUCAGGAAAUCCUCAACUUAGUCUUCAAACCAUGUGCACGGCCUGAGUUAGAAGCAACCUUUGAAGUCAGGCACCCUGUCACCUCUGACUAUUGGCAGUAUUGGAAGCAAGAUUAUCUGCAUUCUCUAGUUACAGCGGUAUUUAAAGCACAUGGGGGCAUAUGGGUACCAACAACAUUCUAUGUACCCAAGGGAUCCUUUUACAAUGACAAGGACAAUCUUGUGUCACUCAUGUCUGGGAGAGGGGAGCUUGUGUCUGCUCAGUAUGAGCUCAGAUACCCGUUUGCUCGCUUUCUUGCACGAAAUGAGGUUAAGUACAUACGAAGAUAUUGUAUUGACAGAGUCCAACGUGCUUUUAAAGUCUCAGGCAUCCACCCAAAAGAGUCCUAUGAAUGUGCAUUUGACAUAGCCUGUCCUAAGAAGGAUUCAGUUGAAUCUUCAGCAAGAGUCAUUCUUGUAGCUCAUGACAUCAUACAACAGAUAAUCCAGGCAAGAAGUGAGAAUGUCUUGGUGCGUGUGGGACAUCUGGAGCUAGUUCAUGCAAUCCUCUUUCACUGUAAUGUUGAGGAGAAGUUCCAUCCUGAAGUCCUCUGUCUCCUGAAGGAGUACAACUGUAAGCGAAUAACCUUGGAAAACAUGUGGGAGAUCUUUCGAGAGAUGGGCCUGACCAGAUCUUCCAUUGAGUCAUUCAGAGGAUUCUUUUUUCUGGAUGGACCCAUUGAAGAUGUUAUGGCAUCUCUCAUUGGGAAGGGUUUGACUUCCAGAAGAAAAAGUAUGCUCAAUGUGAAGCAGGUGUUGGCAGAGCUGAAUGAGGUUGUGGUCACCUCCAAUGUGUUUGGUGUGAAGUUUGAGAUAAGUCUGUGUCCACUGAUGGUUGUAGAUGCAUCCCUCUACUGCAAAUUUAUGUGCCAAUUUCUGCUGAAUGUGCGGAAGAAACACAUGCAAACACAGGAACUCUUAGCUCAGGGAGGAUCUUAUGAAAAGCUUAUACUGAAUCAUAGGAGCAAAUUAGUUGAAAAAACUAAUAAAGAUGUUCCAUAUGCAGUAGGCAUUAGCUUGUUCCUGGAAAAGUUUGCAAGUUGCAUCUGUGAUAUUACGCAACUAACAGCAGCUGGUCGGAGAGAUGUGCCACAGCUAGUUGCAGAGCUUGGGAGUGGAACUGCAGCUGUGACUGUCAUGGUUUGUGCCAUUGGACAGAAAUUCCUGCAGGAGCGUGUUAAUAUUGUGCGAGGGCUGAGGAAAAGGAAGAUAACAGCAGACCACUGCCACUGCUUAACUCAAGAAGAAGCAGAUAAUGUGAUAGAGGAAUUCCGGAUGACGAACUUUGUCCUGUUGACUGGCCAUGACACACCCUCUGUGAGAGUCUUUCUGGAGUCUGCCUGGCGGAUGCAAGACCGUAAAGUUGACCUGGAUAAAGUUGUAGAAUAUAUUUACAAGAAUCUCAGCUCAAGUGAACCUGUUUCCCUUUCCUCACGGACAGAUUCCAAAGCUGCAGUUGUCAGUAAUUAUGAUGAGGACCAGCUGAAAAUCACCUACUUUACUAGAAAACAUUCAAAGAACAAAGACGCCAGCAAAAAAGACGACCAGAUCACAAGAGAAGUUCGUGCAGCUUCAUCCCGUUGGCCAGACAUUGCUCCGAAAACUCAGAUUGAAGUUUGGGCUGUGGAGUUGGAGAGGAAACCCUUGCAUGCCUUGGGCUCACUUGACAUCGAGUCGGUCAAGUACUUCAAUGAAGCUGUCAGUGAUAUUAAAAACAUGUUCCCAGAGCACAAGGACCACCUGGAAGAGAUCUGCAAGCAACUGCAGCCGAGAUUAUUCCAGAAGAAGAAGGCGGACCGAUGCUGCCUUGUUCUGUAUAGCCUCAGCAGUGGUGCCCUAAAACGGAUAUUAUGAUGGCGGACGAUCUAUUUUCUUUCUCUAUUAUUUUUUUCUUUUUUGGUCACAGUCACUUUGAAGAGGAUAUUGGAAUGGCAAACUAUUUUUUUGUUUGUUUAGCCAGUGCUGCUCUCUAAAAACAUUUUUUUUUGUGUUCAUUAUAAUAGCUAUUAAUAGAAAUAUGUAUUCUUGAUACAAGGUUUUCAUUUGUACUUGUAUUCUUUUUGUUUUUAAUUCUUUAUGUGUGUUAAUUGGUCCGGACAUUAUCAGUUGUUAUUGAUAUUCUUUGUAUUUGAAAUCUGUUUUAUGUCAAUUCAUAUAAUUUAUAUCUGUAUAAAUUAUUAUUAUUUACUUGAUUAUUUUUUCUACUGAUUAAUGCAAUGCUUGUGAUUUGAAUUGGUGCUUUUCAAAUUGUACUUAGAUUAAUUUAGUAUUCCUCAUUUAUAUGGUCUGAUGUAAAAUUGUUCACUAUCAUCUAUAUCAUACUGCAUAAAGGGAAGCCAUGUGCUAAAAUUUUUAAUAUGAAUGCCUUUGAGUGCCAUGUUCAUUACAUAUUAUAAAGUCUGUUUAAACCAUUCAACGUAAAGAUUAUUGCACAGGUUCUAUCAUGUAAUCUUUUUAUUGCACAGGUUCUGUUAUGUCAUUUUUUAUUCUAAGUAACGAGUCAGAGCGUUGCCUCUAGUCCACUUGCUAAAUUGUUGUGAUUUAAGCAACAGUAAAAGGAAAAUCAUCAAGGGCCAAACACCAGGGUAUUUUUGUAUUCACUGCUCGAUGCAAGGAGGACUGUAUGAAAUUUUGUGGGGUUGCAUUGAUUCACUCAACUGGAAUGCUCAAAUAUCUUUCAGUGAUAUGAAAUGUUGUAACCAGACAGAAUACUAAUGGAUAUGGAUAAUGUAUGUAUAUGUAUGUAUAUAUGUAUAUAUGUAUAUAUUUAUAUAUGUAUAUAUUUAUAUAUUUAUACACAUUUACUUAUACAUAUAUACAUAUAAAUACA